GCCACACAUUGAGAGAAAUAGAAGAAGCCGUGCGGCGGUUUUGCUGAUUGAUGAGCUGAGCUCUCCGACUCUACUAAUCAUCUUUCCAUUAAACUCUUUCUGACAGGGUUUUACCCCCACAGUUCCAUCUGAUCCGUUGUGGGGGAUUUGAGGUGGUUAACUGCGUUCUGCUGGAAACAUCAAGAUGGAAGCCAGUCCUCCAACCUGCAACCCUCCUAACUGCAAGGGGCAGUGAGAAUCACCUGUACUGUAUAUCUUCAACAUUCCAAGGACUCUGAUGAUGACCUCACUCCGAAAAUAUUAAUUCUAUUUGAGGGGUGUUUUUUGUGUCUACAGCUGCAAGAACAUAGAGGUCCUGCUAAGAUGAAGUCAGACAAGAUUGAAUAUAAGAAUCUGGUAUCUGCAGAGCACUCCAGUAGUCACCAAAACUCAUCUGGUUCUUCCCCCAGUAACACCUCUCAUAGACGAAUGCAAAAAAACCUUUACUCGGAGUGUGAGAGGAGUUUUGGUCAAAAGAGUACUCUCAAAGAGCACCAGCUUGUUCACACAGGAGAGAAGACACAUCACUGUUCACAGUGUGGAAAGAAUUUUACUAGCCAGAGUAGUCUCCUGCGACAUCAGCGCAUUCACACCGGAGAGAAGCCGUAUCGCUGUUCAGAGUGUGAAAAGAGCUUUAGUGACAGAGGUCAUCUUGGACGACACCUGCGAGUUCAUACAGGAGAGAAGCCGUAUCAGUGCUCACAGUGUGGGAAGAGUUUUACACAACGGGGUAAUCUACAAAAACACCUGACUAUUCACACAGGAGAUAAACCGUAUCCCUGCUCAGAGUGUGGGAAGAGUUUUACACAAGGAAGUGAUCUCCAACAACACCAACGCAUUCACACGGGGGAGAAACCCUAUUACUGUUCAGUGUGUGGGAAGAGUUUGACCAGCUAUAAUAAUUUCUACCGACACCAGCGCAUUCACACAGGAGAGAAGCCGUAUCAGUGUUCACACUGUGGGAAGAGUUUCAGGAACCAGAGUAAUCUGCAAGAACACCAACGCAUUCACACAGGAGAGAAACCAUAUCACUGCUCACAGUGCAGGAAGAGUUUUAGGAACCAGAGUAAUCUCCAGCAACACCGACGCAUUCAUACAGGAGAGAAGCCCUAUCACUGCUCGCAGUGCGGGAAGAGUUUUAGAAUACAGAAGAACUUUAAGAGACACCAACGCAUUCACACAGGAGAGAAGCCAUAUUACUGCUCACAGUGCAGGAAGAGCUUCAGGAAUCAGAGUAAUCUCCAGCAACACCAACGCAUUCAUACAGGAGAGAAGCCCCAUCACUGUUCACAGUGCGGGAAGAGUUUUAAGACACGGAGGAACUUUAAGAGACACCAACGCAUUCACACAACUGAGAAUGAAGAUAUGCAGAAGUUCUCAUCAGAAAUUAUGGGAAUUUAAUUAGUUAUAUUCUAAGUCCUUAUUUUGGGUGAAAUAAUAUUGUUGAACUACUUUAUACAGUGGUAUGCAAAAGUUUGGGCACCCCUAGUCAAAAUUGCUGUUACUGUGAACAGUUAAGCAAGUUGAAGAUGAAAUGAUCUCCAAAAGGCAUAAAGUUAAAGAUGACUCAUUCCCUUUAUAUUUUAAGCAAAAAAAAAAAUUCAUCUUUUACAUUUUUAAAAUUACAAAAAAGGAAAAGGGCCCGAAGCAAAAGUUUGGGCACCCUGCAUGGUCAGUGCUUAGUAACCCCCCCCCCCCCCUUGGCAAGUAUCACAGCUUGUAAACACUUUUUGUAGCCAGCUAAUAAUCUUUCAGUUCUUACCUGGGGGAUUUUCACACAUUCGUCCUUGCAAAAGGCUUCCAGUUCUACAAGUUUCCUGGGCUGUCUUGCAUGCACUGCUCUUUUGAGAUCUAUCCACAGAUUUUCAAUGAUGUUUAGGUCAGGGGACUGUGAGGGCCCGGGCAAAACCUUCAGCUUGGGCCUCUUGAGGUAUUCCAUUGUAGAUUUUGAGGUGUGUUUUGGAUCAUCGUCUUAUUGUAGGACCUGUCCUCUUUUUAACUUCAGCUUUUUUACAGAUGGUGUGAUGUUUGCUUCUAGAAUUUGUUGGUAUUUAUUCAAAUCCAUGCUUCCCUCGACCAAUGAAAUGUGCCCUGUGCCACUGGCUGCAACACAACCCCAAAGCAUGAUGGAUCCACACCCAUGCUUCAGAGUUGGAGAGGUGUUCUUUUCCUGGAAUUUGGCACCCUUUUUUCUCCAAACAUACCUUUGCACAUUGUGGCCCAAAAGUUUUAUUUUGAUUUCAUCAGUCCACAGGAUUUGUUUCCAAAAUGCAUCAGGCUUAUUUAGAUGUUCAUUUGCAAACUUCAGACGUUGAAUUUUGUGGCUCGGAUGCAGGAACGGUUUUCUUCUGAUGACUCUCCCAUGAAGGUCAUAUUUGUUCAGGUGUUGCUGCAUAGUAGAACAGUGCACCACCACUCCAGGGUCUGCUAAAUCUUUCUGAAGGUCUUUUGCAGUCCAACAGGGGUUUUUAUUUGCCUCUCUAGCAAUCCAACGAGCAGUUCUUUCAGAAAGUUUUCUUCAUCUUCCAGACCUCACCUUGAUCUCCACUGUUUCUGUUAACUGCCAUUUCUUGAUAACAUUACAAUCUGAGGAAACAGCUACCUGAAAACACUUUGCUACGUUCUUGUAGCCUUCUCCUGCUUUGUGAGCAUCAAUUAUUUUAUUAUUCAGAAUGCGAGGGAGUUGCUUAGAGGAGCCCAUGGCUGUUGAGUUUAGGGACAAGUUUGAGGAGUCAGAGAAUUUAUACAGCUUUGAAAUCUGCAUCAUCUGACCUUUCCUAAUGAAGAAUUUGAACAAGCCACAACUCAGUAAGCUAAUUAAGGUCUGGAACCUUGGUAAAAGUUACCUGAGAACUCUAAUGUAUUGGGGUGCCCAAACUUUUGCAUGGUGUUCCUUUUCUUUUUUCACUCUCCAGUUGUACAAAACAAAAAUAAUGCACAAAUCCUGCAGAAAACGCUGAAAAGAAAUGCCAUCUUUACCUUUAUGCCUUUUGGUGAUCAGUUCAUCUUCUGCUCGCUUAACUAUUCACAGUAACAGACAUUUUCAGUAAGGGUGCACAAACCUUUGCAUGCUACUGUAUAGCACUGUGUAAAAUACAACACUGAUCCUAAAAAUGUUGAAACACUGUGUGUACAACAUAAAUAAAAACAAAAUGCAAUGAUUUUGGAAAAACUUUUCAACCUAUAUUCACUACAUACAAUACGAAGACAAGAUAUUUAAUGUUCAAAUGGAAACUUUUUUUCUUUAAACAUUCAUUCAGUCUGAAUCUGAUGCCUGCAACACGUUUCAAAGAAGUUGGGACAAGAACAUGUUUACAUUAUCACUUUUUCUUUUAAUAACACUCAGUAAGUAUUUGGAAACUGAGGACACUACUAAUGCAUCUCAAAAAAUUAGAAUAUUAUGAAAAGUUCAAUAUCUUCCAUCAGAGGGCGGCACGGUGGUGUAGUGGUUAGCGCUGUCGCCUCACAGCAAGAAGGUCCUGGGUUCGAGCCCCGUGGCCAGCGAGGGCCUUUCUGUGUGGAGUUUGCAUGUUCUCCCCGUGUCCGCGUGGGUUUCCUCCGGGUGCUCCGGUUUCCCCCACAGUCCAAAGACAUGCAGGUUAGGUUAACUGAUGACUCUAAAUUGAGCGUAGGUGUGAAUGUGAGUGUGAAUGGUUGUCUGUGUCUAUGUGUCAGCCCUGUGAUGGCCUGGCGACUUGUCCAGGGUGAACCCCGCCUUUCGCCCGUAGUCAGCUGGGAUAGGCUCCAGCUUGCCUGCGACCCUGUAGAACAGGAUAAAGCGGCUAGAGAUAAUGAGAUGAGAUCUUCCAUCAGUUAUUUAAGAAAGUGAAAUUUUAAUAUAUUCGAGACUCCUUAACACGUAAGCUAAACUGUUUCAAGCAUUUUUCUGUUUUCUGUGGCCUAUAGUGCAAAAUGAAAUUCUCAUAUUGAGUAAAACAGUAUAAAUACCACGUAUCAACACAGGAAGGGAGAGACGACUGUUCCCUGUGGUACCCCAGUAUUGCUGGCCACCUUAUCAAACACGGUGUUGUAAGCAUACAUAUUGUGGCCUGCUGGACAGGUAAUUAACAAGCCAGGACAUGAAGGGGGCCUCCAUAUUCAUCACCAUCAGCUCCUCACCCAGACGCACUGGCUGGAUGGUGUUGAAAACACUGGAAAAGUCAAAGAACAUUACCCUCACGGUGCUCGCCAGUUUGUUCAGCUAGAAGUAGGAACAGUCCCGCAGGUAGAUUUAUGGUGUCCUCAACUCUGAGUUGGGGCUGGUAGGUGAACUGGAAAUGGUCUAAGAAUGGUCUGACCAUGGGCUGGAGCUGCUCAAGAACAAGUCUCUCCAGGGUCUUCAUGAUGUGAGAUGUUCAUGCCGCUGGCCUGUAAAUCUUGGAGCCACUGGAGCGAGGUGUCUUCGGCACUGGGAUGAGGCAUGACGUCUUCCACAUCACGGGAACCUUUUUGAAGACUUGGGUUGAUGUUGAAGACAUGAUGAAGCAUUCCACAUAGCUGGGGCACAGGCUUUGAGCACCCUGGGGCUGACACUCGAGAAGUCCAAGAAGAGGAUCCUCACUGUGCCAUUUCCCUUAUCCAGAUGCGAGUGGGCUCGGUGUAGCAGGUAGAGGAUGCACUCAGUGAGCCCAUCAAUGGCCUGUCCAUGUGGUUCACAUAGUGCCUGCCAGUCUGUUGUCUCAAAAUGACCCUGAAGUGUCUCCUAGGCCUUCUGUGACCAACUCCCCACUGUCCUUGUGGUUGCAGGCUGUCUUUUCACGAGGGACAUGUAGCAGGGGUUUGGGUGUUUUAGUUUGGAGUCCAGCUGUGGUGGUAUGAAUAUCGUAUGCCAACUUUGGGUUGGCCAAGGGUGGGACGUAGACAGCUACGAUGAUGGCAUAAGACAUUUUCCCUGGACAAAUAAUAUGGAUGGAGUCCUACAGUUAACAGUUCAAUGUCUGGGCAACAAAUGCUUUCCUUGGUCAUAAUGUGACCAGGAUUGCACCAUCUGUUGUCAACAAGAACAGUAAAUGCCGCCUGUCCUUCCCGCUUCCCACUCUCGAUGCUGUUGCUGUUUGCCCGCACAGUCUGAAAGCCCUUGAUGGAGAUGUGGUCGGGGAUAUCCUGGUGUAACCAUGAUUCUGUAAAACACGUGAUGUUGCACUCAAACUCCCUUUGGCUCCUCCAUUUUGUUAGCCAAAAUUUGUUGAAGUUUUGAAUGUGAAAUUCUUUCCCAUUUUUGCUUGAUAUAUGCAUUCAGUUGCACAACAGUCCGGGGUUUCUGUUGUAUUUUGCACUUCAUAAUGCACCACACAUUUUCAGUAGGCAGCAGGCAGAUCAGUUUAGCACCUGCACUCUUUUACUACAAAGUCAUGGCGCUGUACUACAUGCAGAAUGUGGCUUGGUGUUACCUUGCUUGAAUAAACAGGGACAUCCCUAGAAAAAGAGGUCAUCUGGAUGGCAGCAUAUAUUUUCUCCAAAACCUGUAUGUACAUUUCGGCAUUAAUGGAGCCUUCACAAAUGUGCAAAUUACCCAUGGCAGCAAAGAUUUCACAACUGUUCCCAGUCUGUUAUUUGCCCAUGCAGUUUUUCACAAAGUAGUGAACCUCACCCCAUCAUUGCUUGUCAAAUUUUAGCCUUUGGAGGAGGCUCUUUCAUAUCCAAUCAUGAUACUAUUAUCUGUAGAAUAUUCCAAAUGGGUGUUGUUUGGUUGUUUGUUUUUUAAAAUGAGUAUUCCACACCUUUCCCCAUCUUUUGUUGCCCCUGCUCCAUCUUUUUGGAACAUUUUGCACACAUCAAAUUCAGAAUGAGCGUAUACCGUAGGUGCUAAAGAAGGCAACUGGACUUGCUUGAAUUCCUUUAAGAUGUUUCGCCUCUCAUCCGAAAGGGACCCUAACAUUAGGGACCAUUUGUUAGGGACCCUCUUGGCUGCUAACACUGUUCACACCUGGCCUCCAGUGACCCUAACAACCUACAGGAUGACAUAGAGGGUCAACGACCCAUGUGACCUCAGCGACGCUCCUUAGGGUUGCUUUUGGUCCACUAGAGGAUAAAUACCUGGAACUCCCCACGAGUCAGACAGAAGUGAAGAAGCCUUUCGGAUGAGAGCUGAAACAUCUUCAAGCAAAUCCAGUUGCCUUCUUUAGCACCUACUGUACGGUUACAAUGACCUGAGAACCUUCACAGACAUAAAGGUGUAUAUUUACAAAAAGCAAAGUUUCUCAGUUUGAACAUUUUAAAUAUCUUGUCUUAUGUGCUGUAUCCAAUUGAAUAUAGGGCAAAAAGGAUUUGCAAAUCAUUGCAUGCUGUUUUAUAUUUUACACAGCAUCCCAGCUGUUUUAGAAUCAGGGUUGUACUUGGGCCCAUGUAAAGAAAUGCUGUAAAGCAAAGAUGCCUUCAAAACUAAUGAAGCAAACAUUUCGACAUCAAAAUAACUAUAGUACUUUCAAUGGUCAGUAUUUUGUUUGAAGCUUUGUCUUUCAAUGGUUCGUUAGCCGUCUCAGGUGCACUUUGUGCAGCUGUUUAAGGAUCUGGGCUCGGAAGUUUUGUCUAAGCAGUUCUUCUGGACUCUUCUUCAUUUUUGACUCCCUUCUGUUUGUGCAGGUAACGUGAUAUUCUUCAGUAAUUUUUUUUUUUUGUCUCAAACGUAUGGCUUAUUGUCCUGAUUGAUGUACAAAGUUUGUUUUUGUUUGUUUACAUUUGCAAAAAGAAAAACAAUUUUCUGGAAGUCUGAAAUGUUUUUACUGACCCGGUAAUGAAGCUGUCCAAAAAAACAACAAAAAACCCACCUAUAACCAGAUCUGUAUGAAACAAAAUUACUGUCGAAGACCUUUUUUUUUUUUUUUUUUUCAGCACUGUACAUCCUGGUGGAGUUGUAAAUAUUCUGGAGCAGUUGGGGUUUAUCACUAUCAAAAGAAUUAUUAAAAAUUAUUAGGGUGAGACAAAUUAUUCCAGAUUGUUGCAAGAUUAGUGACGGAAGGAGCAGGUGUUUUCAGUACAUUAUGAAUGCAUGUCCAAGUUGGAUACAUUUGAUAAUGCAAGACAUCAAGAUUAAACCUGGAGCGAGUCGAGCACAGACUGCUGAAAAAACAUUAACAGUGACACCUUUGUUUUAGUCAGCAUUAACUUUUAUAAUAGUUUGUGCUACAGUAACUCUUCUGUUGGAUUGGACCAUAUGGGCUAGCCUUCAUGCCCCAUGUGAAUCAAUGAACCUUCGAGGCCCAUGACCCGGUCACCGGUUGUCCUUUGGAUCCUUGGACCACUUUUGUUCAGUACUAACCACUGCGCACCAGGAACACGCCACAGGAUGAGCUAUUUUGGAGAUGUUCAGACCCUGUCAUCUUACCAUCACAAUUUUGUCAAAGUCACUCAGAUCCUUACACUCACCCAUUUUUCCUGCUUCCAGCACAUCAACUUCAAGAACUGACUGUUCUCUUGCUGCCUAAUAAACUCCGCCCCUCGACAGGUGCCACUGUAAUGAGAUCAUCAAUAUUACUCACUUCUUCACCUCUCUGUGGGUUUAAUGUUAUGGCUGGUGUGUGUGUGAUACACGCACCUGUCAUACUUUUGAAUAUAUUUAUUGAAAUUAGUUAUUCAUUUACAAAGUCAGGAUUUGACCAUACAGUACCAGUCAGAAGUUUGUACACCCCCACUCUACUCAUUUACAGGUGUUUCUGUAUUGUGACGAUUCUCUACCCUGUAGAACAAAACUGAAGACAUCAAAACUAUGAAAUAACAUCUGGAAUUAUGUGGUAAACAAAAAAAAGUGCUAAAAACAAAAUAUGUUUGAUAUUUUAGGUUCUUCAGCGUAUCCAGUGUUUCCCUUGAUGAUGCUUUGCACACUAUUGUUAUUAUCUUAACCAGCUUCAUGAGGGAGUCAACUGGAACGCUUUUCAAUUAACAGGUGUGUCUCAUCAAAAGGUUGUUAGUGGACGAGGGUUUGAGAUCCAACAUCCAUCCAUCCAUUAUCUGUAGCUGCUUUAUCCUGUUCUACAGGGUCGCAGGCGAGC